GGAGAAAUUAGGGUUCUUGAUUUUAGGGCUCUUGGCUAGGAUGAUUGAUGAGCAAUGGCUCCUCGACGAUCGCCGCGCUGCUCCGGGAAUGUGGGAGUUCACGCGAUCUAGCUCGUGGCAGGCAGCUCCACAGCCAGAUUCUCAGCGCUGGCUACCGCUCGACGGUACUGGAGAAUUCGCUCGUGAGGAUGUAUGGAGAUUGCGGGAGCCUGGACGAGGCAGUGGAUGCGUUCUCCAGGAUUUCUUCACGCAAUGUCUUCUCCUGGAACAUCCUUCUCUCGGCAUUUGCGCAGCGAGGGCAUCUGGAUCUCGCGAGGGCGGUGCUGGAGAUCUUCCCCGAAUUUGACACGGUGAGCCACAAUAUCUUACUCGCUGCUUAUGCUCGAUCCUGCGCUAUACCAGCGGCGAGAGAUCUCUUCCAGCGAAUGCCCGACAGAGAUCUUGUAUCGUGGAACACUCUUCUCGCAGGCCUUGCCUCGAAUGGCUACUACAUUGACGCGAAGAACACGUUUGAUACAAUGCCGCGGAGAAACCUUCUCUCCUGGAACUCCAUGCUCGCUACUGGCGAUGGAGAGCAGCAACAGCUAGAAGAUCUGGAAGAGCUCUUCGAAAAACUUCCACAGCGAUGUAUUGUCUCGUGGACGGAGAUGGUGAGCGCUUAUGCCCAGCACGGGCACUUCCAGAGUUCGUGGAGCUUGUUCUUGGCGAUGCCCGAGCGUAGCAUCGUGUCUCUCAACUCGGCCAUGCAAGCCUUCGACCGCGAAGAAACCGUGGCGACCAUUUUCGAGAAGAUGCCCGAGAGGAACUUGGUCUCUUUCAAUCUGAGGCUCGGUGCCACUGCAGACGGUGUCCAAGCGAUGGAGCUACUCGAUUUCAUGCCCGAGAGGAACAUCGCGUCCUGGACGUCGGUUCUAGCGGUCUUCUCCAAGAACAGUGACCACCUCCAAACUUUAGAGCCUGCCGAGCGGAUCUUCUCCAGAAUGCCGCAGUGGGAUGGCUUGUCGUGCAAUGCCAUGGCUCGUCUCUACUCGGAAGCUGACGACUUGCCCUCCACCGCUAAGAUCUUUCACACCAAUCUACGAAGGGACGCGGUUUCCUGGAACACUUUGAUCACGAGUUACGGCCGAAGAGGUGAUGUCACGAGUGCCAGAGAAGUUUUCCACCGGAUGCCUCUUCACACACUGGCUUGCUCCACGGCGAUGCUGGUGGCCAUUUCUCGAAGUGGUGACGAUAGCUCUGCUCGGGACUGGUUCGAGAGCAUGCCUUUCCACGACAUCGUUUCCUGGAACGCUAUGAUCUUCGCUGCAGCUGGAAAGAAGGAAAGUUUCGUGCUGUUUAGAAGAAUGCAGCUAGAAGGAACCAGACCAACUUACGUGACUUACGCCACCAUGAUAGAUUCCUGUGCCGAAGCCGCGGCUCUCGGAGAUGGACGGGCGAUCCACGAAAGGAUACUCCAGCUCGGGUACUUUCCGGGAAUUCUUGUCAUCGGUAACUCACUGAUCAACUUCUACAGUAGCUGUGGAGCAGUCGAGGAAGCACUUGAUGUGUUCCAAAGCAUGCGGAGAAGAGACUUGAUAACUUGGAGCACCAUAGUGUCUGGAUACGCUUGGAACGGGCUCGGCGAGAGAUCGGCUCAACUCUUCCAGUUUAUGUUGCUCGAAGGCUUGGAUCCAAGCUCGGUCACUCUAGUGAACGUUCUCACUUCGUGCAGCCAUGGAGGUCUGUUGGACUUUGGAAGACGCUUGUUCGUGUUCGUGACCGCAGAAGUACCUGGAUUUCCUGUCUGCCGAGAGCACUAUGACUGCCUGGUCGAUCUUCUCGGUCGAUCUGGAAGGCUGGAGGAGGCUCUGGAGUUGAUGGAGAGCAUGCCAUUCGAGCCUACUGCGCUGGGACGGAUGAGCUUUGCUGCUUCGUGCAGGAAACAACACUUGGAAGGGUGCCUAGAGUUGCAAGGACUGGAUUGCUACCUUUGCUGCGACGGAUGAUCGGCUGUGCUGCGCAUACUCCAUGGACGAGGUUAAUCUUUCAAGCGUAUCCGUGG